GAAGCUAUCAAUGAGAAUGGGCGGUUCGUAGAAUCGCUUGUUCCUCCUCCAUAACGAACCGAAUGAAUGGCGACUCACGCAUCUGAUCACGGUCUUCCCUUUGCCUUCUACAGGGGUUUAUGAUUGACGCCUAUGAGGAAGACACUCCCACAGCUUGGCUAUUAUUAAGUUCCAGGUUCUGUGUGAGACGGCCAACCUCAGACCAGCGUUCGCCAGCCAGACCAACCACUGACACGGUAAGACCUGCUUCAAGCGUAUCAAUUAGCUCUCUCUCUCUCUCCCUCUGCCUCUCUCCUCUCUCUCUAUUCCCUGUCUUGUCUAUAUUCCCCUCCCUCGCUCUCUUUUCCCUUUUUCCCUCUCCCAUGCCUAUUAGUUAUUUAACGAUCAGUAUUCUCCCUGUCCUGUAAAUGCACGAGUCGGGGUCCCAACAGGAUGUUAUCCUUGCAUCAGUGAGGUGAUGUAAACGGCAUACUGUAAAUACUAUAGGCAAGCCCCACUAUAAUGCCUGUCUCCUCGCUGAGGGAGCGCGAGACUGUGAAGACCUCGGACACCGCGAUCUCUGUCAGUUGCACCUUGAGCAUUUUAUCCUUCCACUUCGGUGUCUGGGAGGAGACCUAUAGGUGAGUGUCCACUAACACCGUCCUCAUCCACCCGGGCUGCGCCACCCACGGGCCAACCCCACCUCCAUUCCCAGCCCCUCACCCCGCGGCAUCAUGGGGGACGUAGUCCAGAUGCACUUCUCCACGCCGGACUAUGUGAUCUUUGCCCUGCUGCUGGUGGCGUCCACGUGCAUCGGCCUGUUCUACGCCCUGUCCGGCGGGCGCCAGCGCACCACGCAGGAGUUCCUAUUGGCCGACCGUUCUAUGAGCUGCCUGCCCGUGUCGCUCUCGCUGCUCGCCACCUUCCAGUCGGCCGUGGCCAUCCUGGGGGUGCCCUCGGAGAUCUACACCUACGGAACGCAGUACUGGUUCCUGGGAGUCUCCUACUUCCUGGGUCUGCUUGUCCCCGCCCACGUCUUCAUACCUGUCUUCUACAGGCUCCGCCUCACCAGUGCUUAUGAGUAUUUGGAGCUGCGCUUCAAUAAGACGGUUCGCAUCAUGGGCACCGUGACCUUUAUCUUUCAGAUGGUGAUCUAUAUGGGAGUGGUCCUCUAUGCACCAGCACUCGCACUCAAUGCAGUGACUGGAUUUGACCUCUGGGGGGCAGUGCUGGCCAUGGGACUGGUGUGCACCCUGUACACAACAUUAGGAGGGCUGAAGGCAGUCAUCUGGACAGACGUGUUCCAGACCAUUGUGAUGUUUGCUGGCCAACUGGCGGUCAUCAUAGUGGGGGCCCACCAGGCAGGAGGCAUGGGAGAGGUGUGGAGGAAAGCCAUCAACGGCAGCCGCAUCGCAAGUCUAGACCUGAACCCUGACCCGACGGAGAGGCACACGUUCUGGACGCUGGGCGUGGGCGGGGUGUUCCUCAUGCUGGCGCUGUACGGGGUCAACCAGGCCCAGGUCCAGAGGUACCUCAGUUCCCGCACUGAGAGGGAGGCGGUCAUGUCGUGCUACGUGGUGUUUCCCUGCCAGCAGGUGGUGUUGUGUCUGGGCUGUCUGAUGGGCCUGGUGAUGUUUGCUCGCUACGGUGAGGAUAGCCCACUGGAUAAGGGUUACGUCAAAACCAACGACCAGAUGGUGCUGUACUUUGUGAUGGAUGUGUUCAGGGACCUGCCUGGCCUACCAGGGCUGUUUGUCGCCUGCCUGUUCAGCGGCGCUCUCAGUACCAUCUCAUCAGCGUUUAACUCCCUAGCGACGGUAACCAUGGAGGACCUAAUCAAGCCUUACUGCCCGACCAUGACGGAGGCCAAAGCCACACUGCUCUCCAAAGGCCUGGCGUUUGCCUACGGGCUGGUGUGUCUGGCCAUGGCCUACACCGCGUCUCACAUGGGCUCAGUGCUGCAGGCAGCAUUGAGUAUCUUUGGGAUGGUGGGUGGUCCUCUCCUCGGUCUCUUCUGUCUGGGAAUGUUCUUCCCCUGGGCUAACUCCACUGGUGCGAUAGUAGGGUUGGUGGCAGGCCUGGUUAUGGCCUUCUGGAUUGGCAUUGGGCAUUUCGUGUCCCGUAUGGGGGUGCCCACUACUCUGCCCCCCAUCAUCAACGGCACCGCUAUGCCCCUCCCCGGCAACAUGACCACUGCUGUCAUGACCACCCUGAUUACCUUGAUCACCGCCAAACCAAAGCCUACGGGUGUGCAGGCCCUGUACAAUCUAUCCUAUUUGUGGUACAGUGCCCACAACUCUACCACUGUGGUGAUAGUGGGACUGAUAGUCAGCCUGCUGACUGGUCCUAUGAAGGAGCAGGACCUGACCCCAGGGACGGUGUACCCUGUCCUGGGCAACCUGCUCUUCUUCCUGCCUGAAUGCUACAGGGAGACACUCUGCUGUGUCACCCCACUGCCACAGAAGCCCAAGGCUAUCGACACGCAUCCUUACCUGAUGGCUCGGAAGGAGAGCAAUGGAGUGUCCCAUCCCAAAGAGGAGAUGAAGACUGAGGAGACGGAGCGAGAGAAGGAUGAGGACGAGGAGACCGCAACUCCUCAGCCUUCCUGCCGACUGGCUCACACGUUGCAGGAGACGGCCUUGUAGACACACACCCCCCCCCCCCCCAACACACACACACACACAGCCCCCAGCCAAGUCCCAGCACUUUCACAAGCCCCCCUACUGCUCAGCUUUCUCUGCCCCAGGGGAGAAGAUCCACAUAGGACCGGAGGGCAAUGGAGACUCAGGGUUCCUGGACAUGACUUCCAUCAAGCGCCACAGGGUCAAUGUGGAGGAACAGGGAGUUUCACCUCUGACCCUUACUUCCUGGAGAAACUGAUACACCACAAAUCGCUGGUGGUUAAGAGAGUCAGGGCCCGAGUCCUUUGCUAGAUUGAAGAAUGGUGUAAUAAAACGCGUUUAGUGGAUGGGGGUCCAGGGGUAUCUUGAAUUCAUUGGUACCUCAUUAACGAUGGCACUGGUCAGUUUUCCUGAACUGAAGUAACUGGAAAUCACUAGUUAUGAAACUGGAGUUUUGAGAAGAGCCAAAAUGUCUGAAUCAAGGUGGAUUCCUGGAUGGAGAAAUACUAACGCAACACAAGUGGCAAUCACGCUCCGAGCUGAGGAGAAGUCUCGUCAUUGUUGGACUGAACUAAAGCCUGGACUGUGAUUGUGUCACUCUGUGAUUUUGUCCAAUUAUGAUUGAAGGAUUGUGGCCGCACAUGCACACAAUGAGUUGUUCCAAUGACUGUGAAAAUGGACCCAAGUCUUUUCUGUUUCUAGAAGAGAAUCAGGUAGCGACCAGGCAGUGAAGAGCGAGGUACUUCAGAUGUAACUGUCACUGCAUGUUAUUUUUAUAGAGAAGAUUAAGCAGGUACGUCAGAUGGACUAAGAAUAUGACAAAAUAUUUUAUGUCCCAGUAGACAACUUAAGGCAUAGUGACCGUGUUCUAGGUCCUUUUCACAUAUGAAAUUCGGUAUCCUUGAUCGGUUUCCUGAAUUGUGACAAUCUACAAAAAUACGUUUUGCUUUCUCAAGAUCUGAAAAUAACUGUUUCAGAAUGUGAUUUGCGAGACACAUUCCACAUGCCGUUGGGAAGCUAGCUUGUUAACAACGGGCAAAAAGUUUCACACGACUCACGCUGCUGCGUCACAAUACCUUGUACUCUGGUCCUGGAACUUGGACCCGCCAUUCAACCAGGUCCAGGAUCAGUUUGAGCCAGGGCUCAUUUGCGUUUCACAUGUUUUAUAGCUCGGAUCAGGUACCAAAUGCUCUAAGAUACGGAUCACACAGAAAUAUGUGAAAGUGCCCUUAAUCGAUAGCUUUGGUUUCUUAAGCUCCGUACGUCUGUUUGCUUUACAUGGCCUUUGUUUAACGUUUGCCUUUCAAGCUGCUAUAAUAAAUGAAUACGUACUUAGAUAAGAGCGAGAUAAGUGCAGCAUACAGAUCUAUAGAGCACAAGGGAUCACCCUCAUUUGCCAUUUACUGGGAUCAUGUUUUUAGAGAGAGAAAGGCCAUUGAGUCUCUACUUACUUCAUUGAGACAACCAGACAAACUGUUGGUUUGCUCGUGACAUUAUUGAAUGUAGAAUACCAUGUCCUCUCAAUGCAUCCACACUGUAGAUCCCAUAGUUGAAUGUAGAAUACCAUGUCCUCUCAAUGCAUCCACACUGUAGAUCCCAUAGUUGUCAUGAAGUGCCUCAUCAGUAGUCUGUGUUAAUUGUAGUUCUGUUAAUUUGACAACUGAUCAGUGUGUAAUCAGGAUGGUGAUCAAGUAGACUUCUGCUGUAUCGCACAGCUAUAAUGAUUCUCCAUGUGUGUCUUGGAUGUUUGCUAACUUGACGUACAUUACUUUUGGCUCGUCCCCCCCCCCCCCCCCCACUGCUUUAACAGAGGAUAUUUAUGUCCUGUGACUGACAACGUUGGUGUUUUGUUGAUUUAAGUUGAUGUAUAGAGAGAAUCUAUUUAAUUGUCUGAUCAAAUGGGACAGCAUUGAUUCCUGUAUUAUACUUUAAGUUACUUGAAAUGUGUAUCUGUAAUGCUACCCUUUAAAUGAAGUGAAGCCCACCUCAUUCCAGGACAUGUUUCAGGUGAACUUAGUCCGACGUGAACAGAUGUCAACUUACCCAAUGUGGGUUCAUCACUGUGUUCUAGUAAUACUGAAAUACACUCUGAGCACCAUCAAGACCAAUUCUGUUGCUGUUAUCUUUCUCUAAAGUUGGCACGGCCAUCUACCUAGAAAAUAUGUAGAGCGACAGGUGCACAUGAAGGCCAAAACAGUUGUAUUGUGUUUGCUUGAAUUUUAAACCCCUACAAAUCACACCAGGAAACUCCAAGAUCGAAUAACACAAAAUGUACCCAUGUAAAGUGAACCUGUAAAUCAUGGCCUCUUAAAUGACCAAUCCUGAGUAGUCUAUAACCAUAGCAUCAAUACCAAGUUACUAUGAAGUGUGUUUAGUUUAGGGUACAUUUAGAACGCACUUGGCCAUGACAGAGAAGCACUUGAUCAUUUCAAACGAUGAUAAAUAUUCUGACUCUAUUUAUUGUCAAUAUUUGUUCUCCCAUUUGUAUGAAUUAUUCCUAGUAUGUAUUCCACAAAACCAUAAGCAGUGGAGUUUGGUCAACUACACUGCUUUGGCUGGGCCUUCAUUUGAUCUCUGUAUUGUAAUCUUUUUUUAAUGUUGUUCGAUUUCAUGGAUGUUGAUUGGCUCAUCCUACCAGCACACUACACAGGGGCGGCUGUGACAGGUUGGAGUAGAGCUCCAUUCCUUCACCAAACAGAAUGUCUGUGUCCUGUUCAUUAAGUCAAAAUGGGAGUGAACGUUUUCAAAAAGGGAACAGAACUGAGCUUCCCUAUUGGAAAAGUGGUACCUUUUCCGUUUGCAAAUAGUUUCUCUAUUUUGGACACUACCGAACAUGAAAUGAGUCUUCAAUAAUUCUGUGCUAAUUCUGUGUCUGACCACUCUAGUGGUCAUUAUUUCACAACAUUGGCAUGUAUUUGUCCUCUCAAGAUGAAAUGUUUAAGUGAAUGAAUUGUAAGUGGUAAGAUCCGUCGUUGCUCUGUUUUUGAAAAUAAAAUGUUUGAUUGGAUGAUUUGAA